GAAGAAGAUGAAGAUGAAGAUGAAGAUGCAAAGAACAACAAGAGCAAGAAGAAGAAGAAGAAGAAUAACAAUAACAAGAAUAAGAAUAAGAAGAAGAAGAAAGAGUUAAAGGGUAUUCUAACAUCUUUGCUAUUAUUAGAUGAACAAGAGAAGCUUGAUCAUCAAAACCUCAACAAAAUCUGUGAAGAAGAGAAGCUCUCAUUGGAAACCAAUCACAAGAACAAGACAAAAGCCAUGGUGAAUUACUAUUCCAACCUUGAUGAAUAUUAUAAUCACGUCCAAGAAUCAGAGAGGAUCAAGAGGAAGAAAUCAAGGAACAUGGCUUGUGCUGCUGCUGUUUCUGCUGCCUCACAAGGCUUAGAAAAAGCAGCAUCUUCAGAAGGUGGUGGUGGCGGCGGCGGAGGCGGGGCGGGGAAUGGGGGGCCUCAGAGGAGGCUGUGGGUGAAGGAUAGAUCAGGGGCAUGGUGGGAUGAAUGCAACAGAGAAGAUUUUCCUGAAGAAGAGUUCAGAAAAGCAUUCAGAAUGGGAAGAUCAACAUUUGAUUUGAUAUGUGAAGAACUGAACUCAGCAAUUGUGAAAGAAGACACAACACUGAGGAAUGCAAUCCCUGUGAAGCAAAGGGUAGCUGUUUGUCUAUGGAGAUUAGCAACUGGUGAUCCUCUAAGGCUUGUUUCAAAGAAAUUUGGAUUAGGAAUCUCAACUUGUCACAAGCUUGUUCUUGAGGUUUGCACUGCAAUCAAAACUGUUCUUAUGCCUAAGUAUCUCCAAUGGCCUAAUGAGUCUCAAUUGAGGAACAUCAAGAAUGAGUUUGAGGGUAUUUCUGGUAUUCCAAAUGUUGUAGGGUCCAUGUACACUUCACAUGUUCCUAUCAUAGCUCCUAAGGUUAGUGUUGCUGCAUAUUUCAACAAGAGGCACACUGAGAGGAACCAAAAGACUUCAUAUUCAAUAACAGUUCAAGGUGUUGUUGAUCCAAAUGGGGUGUUCACUGAUGUUUGCAUUGGCUGGCCAGGAUCAAUGCUUGAUGAUCAAGUUCUUGAGAAAUCAGCACUUUCUCAAAGGGCCAACAAUGGUGGAUUGUUGAAUGGUGUUUGGAUUGUUGGUGGAAAAGGGUACCCUUUGAUGGAUUGGGUUUUGGUGCCUUAUAGUCAACACAAUUUGACUUGGACACAGCAUGCUUUCAAUGAGAAGAUUGGUGAGGUUCAGAAAGUUGCUAAGGAUGCAUUUGCAAAAUUGAAAGGUAGGUGGAGUUGUUUGCAAAAGAGGACUGAGGUUAAGCUUCAGGACUUGCCUAUUGUUCUUGGUGCUUGUUGUGUUCUUCAUAAUAUUUGUGAGUUGAGGGGUGAGAAAAUGGAUCCUGAGAUUAAGGUUGAUCUUCUUGAUGAUGAGAUUGUUCCUGAGAUUGCUUUGAGAUCUAUGACUUCAAUGAAAGCUAGAGAUGCUAUUGCUCAUAAUCUCUUACAUCAUGGCCUAGCCGGCACUUCUUUUGUUUAAUCUUGCUGCUGAUGACAGUUGUUCUAUCAAAACCAAAAAGAAAAGAAAAAAAAAGUUGUUUGUAUUUGACUAUCUUGAUGCUUUAUAUGUUCAAUUUUUUUUUAUAUGAUAUCAAAUCAUUCAUCAUUAUUUGUUGAA